ACUUCUUCAAUGCAGGAAGUUAGUAGUGAAAGAUGCAAAUUACUAUUACCCAAUGAAAUUUUGACUGUUUUUAUCGAGAAACUCGCAUUCAAACGGUUCACACCAGUUCAGGUA